AUGUGGCUCUGGAGUCUCUUAUCGACGAUUCCCACGAUUUCGAUGGACUUUGGCUAUGCAGCUCUGUGGACCGGACCACACUAUGACUCUCAACACGUCUUUGGAUUUCUGGCUCUGAGAAAUGGCACCUUUAAAGCCAUCCAGUCUGCCUUUGAAUCCUGGUCCAAUGCCGAGUGCCUUGACUUCGAACAAACCACGAACUUCACGGCUAGUGCCCACUUUAUAUCUCUUAUGCUGUCUUCCAUCAAGGCUGGAAAUACGACCACAAGCAGCAUAAAAGCCUCUGGUUCACUCCUACCUACCAAGUCAUAUACGCAAUAUAAGAGGAAUCUGCUAUUUUCUAGGGCGGAUGAUAGCUACGCCGCAAUCGCCUCGAGGUGUGGUAUCUCCGGGGCUGACUUCACUAAGUACAACUCUGCGAAAGGCUUCUACUCGAAGUUAAAGCCUGACGGAUUAUAUGCCAUAGCCACUGUUGGCGAUAGCGAAAGUUGUUUAACGAUUGGUGCGGCUAAUGGUCUUACGGAGAAAGACAUCGAUGGUUUCAAUCAAAAGACUUAG